AAUUAACUGAUGAUGAUUUAGUAAAACUUUUUUUAUAUUAUGAUAAAAGAAAAGAAAGAUUAACGCAAAUUUUUAAGCAAGAAGUAAUUGUAACCAAAGUAAAAGAUAUAAAAAAUGCUGAACACAUAUUUAAAAAAUGUCUCUCUCAAUCUGAAGUAGCAGAAUCAUUUAAUACCACAAUCACCACCAAUAUCACUACUAUCAUUAAAUCAUGGUAUGUAUUAACAGAAGCAGAAAAAGCUAUUUUAAAGCCUUAUUUUGAAAAUCAAGAUCCUAGUAAUAAAGAAACUGAAGUAGUAUUAGAUUUAUUUUUAAAACUAUUAUCAGAUUAUUGGAUAAGACAAAAAGUUAGAAAUGCAUAG